UCCUCACUCCACACUCCCUAUUGCCACCGAAGAAAAGCCACUUCUAAUCUCGCUUCCUUCCCUUCUACUCUUCUUCCACACUCUAUUCUGCAUUAUUCCCCGGUUCCUUUUUCUUUGCUGGUCGAUUCCCCUCGCUCUCUCUCUCUCUCUAUCUCUAUAUCGUCAAUGGAGUCUGGGUCGAGCUCGGAGGGCUUCGGGAAGGGGCGGGAGAAGGCGAAGGGGCGGCAGAAGCCGGGGAAACCGGGGCCAUGGCCGCCACAGAUCGAGCCAUUCGUGCCGCAGACGGAUCACAACCCCAAGGAGCUGAAAUCCUGGGCCAAAAGGACCGGCUUCAACCCCAAUUUCUCCGGCGAGACGACGGUGAGUAGCAUCGACGAGAAGGACCCUGAUGAGAGAACUGAGGCUCCAGUUGCCGCCGCUAGCGCCGGCGGCGGCGGACUGGAUUUGGAGAAGGGUCUCGGUAGCCGUGGAGAAGCGUUGACUAAAAGAGCUGAGAUCGAGCCGAUAUUGGGCAGGAGAAGGAGUGGGAACGAGAACAGGGGAAUUGAAAUUAAUCCAGUUCCCAGAACCAAUGGCGAUCCUGAGAAUCUGGAUUUUAAUGAUAACGAAAGGAGGGUUGAGAAGGAUAAGAAGAGGAUUGGGGUUGAGCCGGUAGUGAGAUUGAAGGAUGAGAUAAGGAGAAUAAGGGAGGAGCGUCCGGUGAGAGCAAAUAAUGAUGGCUUGAAUGGUAAUGGCCAUGGGAAUGGGGCACCCACAGUUGCUUCGGUGGCAAUUGAUGAAGACUGGAAGAAGGAUGAGAAGAAAGGUGAAAGGGAAGUGGAAAUUGACAUGUUUUCCGAAUCUCCCGAGCCAGAGCAACCGCCGACUUACAGACCUGGAGGGCUUCGGUGUGGCAUUACAGAUAAUCCGCGUCUCCCGACUCUUAUCUUUUAUGGUAUGCAACAUUAUCUAUCAUUGACUGGUUCGCUUGUGUUCAUUCCUUUGAUCAUUGUGCCAGCUAUGGGUGGUACUGAUGAGGAGACUGCUAAUGUCAUUUCCACAAUGUUGUUAGUUUCUGGUGUUACAACAAUAAUGCAUACCUUUUUUGGUACUAGACUUCCACUGGUUCAAGGAAGCUCCUUUGUAUAUCUGGCUCCUGCUUUGGUAAUCAUAAACUCUGAAGAGUUUCGAAAUCUAAGUCAAAAUAAGUUUAAGCACAUAAUGAGGGAACUACAAGGGGCCAUAAUUGUUGGUUCAGUUUUUCAGACAAUCUUGGGAUACAGUGGCCUCAUGUCACUUCUUCUACGGUUAAUAAAUCCAGUGGUAGUUGCACCCACUGUUGCCACAAUAGGUUUGGCAUUUUUCAGCUAUGGAUUUCCUCAAGCUGGAACUUGUGUAGAGAUCAGCAUUCCCCUGAUUUUAUUGAUUCUUAUUUUCACUCUGUACCUUCGAAGAAUUUCCUUCUUUGGGAAUCCUAUAUUCCUUAUUUAUGCGGUUCCGCUAAGUGUGGUACUUGUCUGGGCAUAUGCCUUCUUUCUGACAGCUGGUGGGGCUUACAACUAUAAGGGCUGCAGUGCAAAUAUACCUAGUUCAAACAUCUUACUGGAUGCUUGCAGGAGACAUGCAGAUACUAUGAAGCAUUGCCGGACUGAUGUUUCUAAUGCAUGGAAAACUGCUGCUUGGGUCAGGGUUCCUUAUCCAUUCCAGUGGGGCUCCCCAACCUUCAAUUUCAAGACAUCUUUCAUUAUGGUCAUUGUAUCUCUGGUUGCAUCAGUUGAUUCGGUUGGGUCAUAUCAUGCUACAUCCAUACUAGUCAACUUAAGGCCCCCAACACCUGGAAUUGUUAGCAGAGGAAUAGGCCUGGAGGGGGUUUCAAGUAUUCUGGCUGGACUCUGGGGUACUGGAACUGGAUCGGCUACACUGACUCAAAAUAUACACACCAUUGAUGUUACUAAAGUGGCAAGCAGAAAAGCUUUGCAACUUGGAGCAGCCUUAUUGAUCCUCUUUUCUUUUGUAGGAAAAAUUGGCGCGCUCCUUGCUUCUAUCCCACUUGCCUUGGCUGCUUCCGUCCUGUGCUUCACGUGGGCUCUGAUUGUAGCACUUGGCCUAUCAACUAUGCAAUACACUCAAACUGCUAGCUCUAGGAACAUGAUCAUUAUUGGGUUUACCUUAUUCAUCUCUCUCUCCAUUCCUGCAUAUUUUCAACAGUACGAACCCACUUCCGGUCUCAUUCUUCCCAGUUAUUU